AUGGAUUUUCAUCAGGUGUAUGAUGGAGUUGUUUCUUUUUUGCCACAGAUCUGGAGUGUUAAAGAUGGCUCUUUACUGAAGGUUUGUUCCCAGGAAAGUAAAGACGCCACUGAUUCUGUACAUGGAGGUUGGGUGACUGAUCUGCACUUCUCCCCAAACAACUCUGUGCUGGUUUCUACCGGAGGCUACAUCAAGUGGUGGGACGUGGCGAGAGGUGAAUCCCUGCAGACGUUUUAUCUGACAGGAAGCGCCCUCAAGAAGAUCCACGUGUCGCCCGACUUCUCCACCUUCGUCACCAUCGACAACAUCGGUAUCCUCUACAUCCUGAAGAGGGUAGCAUGAGGACAGGACAACGACAAUCACAAUAACAAAUCACUACUAUUCAGAAAAAUGUGUAGCAGCAAGAGCAAGUUUACAUGUUCGCUCUUCACCGUUAUCAGUCA